ACAAUAAAGCUUCGAAUAGAAUCGUAAUGACCAGUAGCGACGGACACACUCUUGCAAGCCAACCGGCAUUAGGUCAACGGUAAACAAUUGGCCUAUUAUUCAUUGAACCUGCAAGCAAUGGAAGUCCAUAAGGCUUGUUGCCGGUCGGUUCCUCGGGGAUCAUUUGGCGAGCCAAUCAAGAUCGGAGCUAUUCCAUUUAUAGGACCGGCAUACGAGGGAAGAAAAGACGUCUAUCUCAGGCUGAGGGAACAUUGUUUCAACCCUCAAUCCAGCAGACGAGCAAGAUUCUUUGUCUUGUCUUCCCAGGGUCAAGAUGGAAGAGUUCGAUAUGGCUUUGGUGGAGGCUGACGCAUAUCCCGAGGCCUUUCAGACGGCACCACUCGACUAUGACUUCGAUUUGUCGGAGUUUUUUGAUUUUGAGAACGCCGCCUUGGAUCCAGACAGUCCUCAGCCUUCACUAUCCUGUCCACGGUUGACGGACGCGACAACUCCUGCAACCUUGCGAUCGAAGGGCUCGUCCGAAACCCUAAAAGCUCCCAAUGGACCUGCCGCGAACCUGCCACCGAAUCAUGUACUCAACAUUGCCGAAGGAGACAGAAAGACGGCUAUAGUAUCGCCUCCGCUGAAUCGCUGGCCGAUUGAGCACGUAAGAGUACGUACUCGUAACUAUUCGACUGACGCUUUUCUCUCACUUCCAACCCCUAGCGACUCUAUGCAGCCGCCGCCAAAUAAGAAAAGGUCAUUAGAAGAGCAUAUCCCGGGAGUUAUCUGCUUCGACUCCAGCGUCGUGUCAAAUUCGACGAAGAAACGCAAACAGAAAAAUUCCGAGCAACGUGAUGAUGCCAGAAGAGUACGUGCACAAGGUGCAUGUCUCUGGUGUCAUGUCCAAAAGCUGAGGUGCUCCGAAGGUCGACCGUGUGAACAAUGUCAAUCUGUGUUCAAUAGGGCGUACGGAUCUAAAACGCUUCAAUGGACUGCUUGCGUGAGCUCAAACCUUCCGGAUAUAAACAUCUUCGCUCUUGGGAUAUCGCUCCAUGAUGAUCGGAACGAUGUCACUGCGAAUGGAGGAGAGCCCCGAAAAAAGCUGGAUGUAAACGUUGCAUCGAGUUUGUACCAGCUCGUAGUUGACCCUGUAUAUUCUUUCGCUAUGAUCGAUAUCGACGCUCUCUACGCUGAGGUCUCGCAAUACAACUACGGCCACCGAGCUCCGGAAGUCCACCCAUUCAUUCUCAGCGAACGAAACCCGCUCCACUUGCUCGUCCAGCUCAAUGUCAUCUUGCUUGGGAGCCCCGUUAUCGGACAUAAACUGAUUGGGUACAUCCGAUACCUCCAGAAGUUACGAGCUAUCUGCAGAAUACUCGCUUUCGAAGUCCUGGGGAAAGCUUUCAAUCGGACCACCCUGGCAGCAUCAACCCCGAUCCGGCAACUAGCUCUGGUCGUCCAAGCUGCGCUGCUACUGGACCAGGUAGCAGAAAUGAGUGGCGAGGUCCCAGCCGCAGUAGUCUGUCUCGCCCAAGACAAGAUCUACAGCGAGAUGCACCAGCAUCUAACCCAAUACAUCUCUCACUACAUCCAAAAAUUGGUUGCUGGAGCGUUUGGAAAAAACUGCGAACUGGCCGCCCGUCUCCAGAAGACGAAACAUGGAGAUUAUUUGGGUGAAGCUUUCUGGCACAUGUUGUCAGACUUGAUCCCAUCCGUGCCUUAUCUCCGCAGACCCCCAAAGCUCCGAGGGUAUGGUGACAUGAGCUGGAACACCGAGGAUAAUGGAGUACAUCUGGAAGACUUAUAUGACAAGAUGUUCUCGUACAGCCCUAUCGCCUGUAACUAGGUUGCUGGAAUAUGUGAAAUGUGGAGUGUGAAGGCUUUAUAGUGAUAUAUGGCUAACUUUUUCGGUUUGGUACGAUGUGGUUGAAGUUUCUGCUAUUAUCCUUACAUGUUGUGCUUUCAGACACUCUUUCCUCUGGCGGAAAUAAUCAAGGUUUUCUGGAGCAUAUCAUAUUUUUUCCCCCCUAUAACGGCUUCUGGUUGCUCGCCCACUUAAACAUAUGAU